AUGAACAGCAACACAGAAAAAGUGGUGUGUGUGACUGGUGCUUCUGGUUUCGUUGCUUCAUGGAUCAUCAAAUUCCUUCUCCAACGUGGUUACACUGUCAGAGCCACAGUUCGUGAUCCAUCUAAACCUGAAAAGGUUGAUCACUUGCUUAAACUUGAUGGAGCAAAGGAGAGGUUACAUCUCUUUAAGGCAGAUCUUGUUGAAGAAGGUUCCUUUGACUCUGCUUUUGAAGGUUGUUCUGGUGUCUUCCACACUGCUUCACCCGUUCCUUUCAUUGUCGACGACCCACAGAAACAGUUACUUGAUCCAGCGAUUAAGGGAACUCUUAACGUUGUUAAAUCAUGUGCAAAAUCGACAUCAGUGAAACGAGUUGUUUUAACAUCUUCUGUUGCUGCGGUUUUGUAUAAUGGAAGGCCUCGUACUCCCGAGGUUGUCGUAGAUGAGACAUGGUUUUCAGAUACAAACUUCUUGAGAGAAAAUGAAAGAUGGUAUGCAUUUGCAAAGACUUCAGCAGAGGAAGAUGCUAGAAAAUUUUUUGAUGAACACGACAUUAAGUUGAUUGUUAUUAACCCAGCAAUGUGCAUAGGACCUCUCUUGCAACCAGAGGUUAACGCAAGUUCUUCUGCGAUUUUAAACCUAAUCAAUGGUUCCAAGACGUUUCCAAAUUCCAGUUAUGGGUGGGUGAACGUGAAAGAUGUUGCAAAUGCUCAUAUUCAAGCGUAUGAGAUUGAUUCAGCCAGUGGAAGAUAUUGUCUGGUUGAAAAAGUGGCACAUUAUUCAGAACUUGCCAAUAUUUUGCGUGAUAUGUACCCAACUUUGCAGAUUCCAGACAAGUGCGAAGACGAUGAGCCAUUUGUACCAACAUUUCAGGUUUCAAAAGAAAAGACGAAGAGCUUGGGAAUUGAAUUUACUUCAUUGGAAGAAAGCUUGAGGGAGGCGGUUGAAAGCUUAAAAGAAAAGAAAUUUGUUGAUUUCUAG